ACACUUGUUCCACACACACACACACACACACACACAGUUUGCAGGAAGAUCUUACUCCUGUUCCGGUCAUGCCUCUUUAAGGGAUAAUGAUUCAUUUCGAUUGCUGUGUUUGCUAUUAUGAGUUAUUUUUGCAGGCGGAUUGUUAAGCUGUUCGUAAAUAAAAGUUGGUGCGCGAAGAGCUUUUACUUUCGUUUUCUCUGAACAGUAAUUAUGGGUGUGUUUCAGCUGCUCUUUCGCCUUCUGUUAUUUCUCAGUAUACUUCCUGGUCGUGUUUUCUCCUUCAUUGCGCGGCGGUUCAAAGCUAUGGACAGAUCUCGGAGGUCUCUGAGACAGGACCGGGUUAUGGGUAACACACCUAACUUUUCCAAGGACUAUGACGAGCAAUAUGACUCAACAUGGGAAGACGAAAGUGAUGGUGAGGAGACUAGAGAGUCCUCUAUGCAGUGGUCACACAGGAACACACAUGCUGCAAAAGACAUGCAAACCUUCAGACACAAGUUUCGGAAAACCCAACAUGAUGACAGUACAGAUGAUUAUUUGGAGGAUGAUGAAGAGUUACCGAAUCUGCGUUUUUACCAAAACAACAUGCCUUUCUACCCUGAUAGUGUGUUGAUUAAGGAUUUUCACAAUUUCUGGUUUGGUGACUACGACAGGCUGGAAUAUGUGCACUCCUACAUUCAAUGGCUGUUUCCAAUUCAGGAGAAGGGAAUGAACUAUGCAUCACGUGAACUUAGCCUAAAAGAAAUCAAGCUGUUCCGUACAGAUGAGGAGGUGCAGAGAAGAUUGUUGACGUCUUACAAGCUCAUGUUGGACUUCUAUGGCAUAGAACUUGUCAGCGAGGACAGUGGAGAAGUGAAACGUGCAAAAAACUGGAAAGAGCAAUUUGCAAACCUAAAUAGAAACACACACAACAAUCUUCGCAUUACACGCAUCCUAAAGUGCCUGGGUUUACUGGGGUUUCGUCACUAUCAAAAACCGCUGGUUCAUUUCUUCCUUGAGGAGACUCUAGUCAAUAACCAACUUCCACGAGUAAAGUACAGCGUUCUGGACUACUUUAUGUUCGCAGUUCUGGACAAAGAUGAACGAAAAGACCUGAUCAAAUAUGCAUACUGUCAUUUUAAGCCAAAAGAGGAUUUUGUGUGGUGUCCUAGGAGGAUUCGUAAUAAAUUGGAAAAAGAAACAGUGAGCCACAAAUUAAAUGCUGGUUCCAAUGAAGGAGAAUCAAGUGAUUCAACCUCUCAAAGUGAACAGAAUGAUCUGAUGAACAGCAGAGUACACAAGAAAAAUGAAUUCAAAACAGAUACUAAUGAAGACACAGGAAAUAAUAAAUCUCUUCGCUGUGAAAGCAGAAAUGAUGAGAAUGUGUCAGGUGAGAGUCAAGAUUCUGAGGAACAAGCUUCACCUGUCCCUGCUGUAGGAAAUGCAAAUACGAUUGUCACUAAUGAAGAACAGAAAAGAACAGAAGGACCAUCAAGAGUUGAUUCUCAGCAUGAGGCUUACAUAGAUUCAGAUGGUAACGCUGCAAUCCAGAAGGAUGACAAGACAGCAACAAAUAAGGAGAUCCCGAAUUCUGUACAAAAUGGUACAAAUAAAUCAGAUGAGAAUGGCAGUGAAUAUGCUGACUCUACCGAGCAGUCAAAAGUUCUGAGUGGUGAUGAAACCUUUGACAGUAGCACAGCCAUUGAUAAAAGCACCAAUAAAAAGCAAACACAAACUUCUAAUCAGAGCUCCAGAAUCGAGAAUGUUGCAAACGAAACACCUGCAUCAGGGGGAAACUCAGGGAGUGUGGAACAAAAUCAAGGAGAAAAAUUUGACAACCAAGGAGACACUGCUGACAACCAAGGAGACAAAUCUGAAAACCAAGUAGACAAAUCUGAAAAUCAAGGAGACAAAUCUGAAAACCAAGGAGACAAAUCUGAAAUCCAAAAAGUCAAAUCUGAAAACCAAGGAGACAAAUCUGACAACCAAGGAGACAAAUCUGAAAUCCAAAAAGUCAAAUCUGAAAACCAAGGAGACGAAUCUGACAACCAAGGAGACAAAUCUGACAACCAAGGAGACAAAUCUGACAACCAAGGAGACAAAGCUGAAAACCAAGGAGACAAAGCUGAAAACCAAGGAGACAAAUCUGAAAACCAAGGAGACGAAUCUGAAAACCAAGGAGACAAAUCUGAAUUCCAAAAAUACAAAUCUGAAAACCCAGGAGACAAAGCUGAGCAAGGCAAUAAAGAUAAGACAAAAUCACAGUAUACUGAUGGAGAUUCCAAAGAAAUUGUUUCAGAAGAAAUCCAUAAGAGUGGCCAUGAAUCACCAAAAGACAGUGUGGCGACUGGAACUGGCACAAACACUGAGACAAAUUCUGCAUGCUAUGAUGAAGAAAAAUCAGCAGAUAAGAAUAGUCAUAAAUAUACUACUACGUCUCCUGGACAGGAUAAUGCUUCUGAUCAAAACUCGGUAAGUAGUAAAAGGAUACACACGCCUGGAUCAGACAGAAACAUAGAACAUCAGCAGCAAGAGAGUGGUCAAGUAGCUGAAUUGCUUAAUGCACCCAAGUCCAUGGCAAAUUUCAGCAGAAGUCAACCUGACAAAGAUGCUCAAUCUAAAUGUGGUCCCAAUCCAGAUUCUACUACUCUGAUGAAAACGCCUGAAUCAGAUGAAAACAUGGGGAAUCCGCACAACGGAAGUGAACAGCAAAACCAAGGCGAUGAAAUGUUAAAUACCACCGCAGAAGCAAAUACAAAAGAAACAAGCGUAUGACAAAAAAGAUGAUUCAGUACAUCAAUCUGUGGAAGAUAAUACCGAAGACAGGCUUACUGAAGAGCAUAAUAAUGCUGUCACAUCACACAAUAAUGAUAAUUCAGAUUCAACAGAAGAUAAUAAUAGAGAGUACACUGAAUCUGAACAAGGCACAAGGCACAGGAGUGAUGUUAACUCAUCUCAGGUUAUUCCUGGUAAAGAUUCAGAGACAGGAGAGAACAGUAAAGAAAAGUCUGUUGAGGACAAAAAGACAGAAAUUGGGUGUGUGAGAGAUGGAGGAACUGACAAAAAGUGAGGUUUAAAUAUUGUUUGACCAGAGAUGUUUAAGGGAUGAUAUGCUUUUGCUUGUUUUUUGAAAAUACAAAAAAUCUCUUCUUUUUUUGUGAAAUUUGUUCUUACAUUUAAUAUGAUUGUUUUUUAUUGCAAACAUUUAAUUAGAUUUUUUUUAUUUUUUUUCCAAGUCAUGGUGAAUCCAGAGCCUGUUCCAAGAACAGGUGGUAAUACACCCUGUAUGGGACGGCAUUACAUUGUAGCCUAUUUUAAUAAACUGAACAAGAAAAAUUUAUAGAAAUAAUAACUUUUUGUGCUGUGGAUGUGAUAAAUGAUGUGAUAACAAUGUAGGAAUUCUGAUCCUGUCAAAGAAUGUGCUUAAUAAACACUGGAUGAAGUAAUGA